UAAAGUUCAAUUUUAAAUAUAUUUGGUAGAGUUAACUCAAUAAAAUUAAGUUGUUACAAUAUGUUCAAAAAUGGUUACUUUAGCUGAACAAAAGGCACAAAAAAGGCACUUAUCACUCAAUUCUGAACUUUCAAAUAUGAAAUAUCAUUCAUUUAAAUUUAAAAUAAAUAUUUCUGAUCAUUUAAAAGUCAUGUUCAUAUUUUUGUAACAAGUAGAGUUAGAUGAAGAUAAGACCUUGGACCUGUAUUUGAAGAAACUUAAAAGUGAACUUAUAUGAACAACCACACUUGCUCUCACAACUAGGGGCUAGUUUCCUGUGGUAGACGAUGUAGUUGCAGAAAGCAACAAGCUCCUCCUUUUUAUUUUCUAAGCUGCUUUUUUGACUUGGUUAGUAGCAGUUCUGGCAGUUACUCAGGUAACGGUAACAGGACUGGUUUUUAAGCAUAGACUAUAGUUUUAAAUGUGCUUAAAUUAAUAGAAAAGACAGUAUUCACAUAUUUACAUAGUGUAUGUCAUAUAUUCCAAGCAGAACAGGCUGUUUAUUGCAAUGGCUUUUGGUCAUCUGCUCAUGAUCUUCACCGCAGUGCUGAUCUCCAACAGAGCAUCCAUGUGCAAAGCUGAAAAUGCCGUCUCUGUGCAGACAGGAAGCUCUGUUCAACUGGAUAUACAGAUUGAUAAACUACUUCCUUUUGAUACACUGGUCUGGAUGAAUCAUGAAUCAGAAAAUAUUGUGACAUUCAGUAAGAAAACUGUAGAGACAGAGAUUAACAACUACAGGGUGGUUUUCAAUCAGUCAACAUUCUCUCUAACACUGAAGAACACGCAAAAGACAGACAGUGGACUCUACACAGCAGAAAUAUUUGGAUCUAAAAAUAUAAAUGUUGCUAAAUACAGAGUAUCUGUUAUAGAUCCAGUGGAUUCUCCUGUUCUUAACUGGACCAUCAUCAUGAUCGCUGUUAACUCCUGUAUUGUGAAUGUCUCAUGUAGUGGGCAUGAUCGUACAAUCAGAGAAAUCUACCACAGCAACAACUGCAGACAGAAGGAAAAUAUAUCAUCUGAAAUACAGACUCUAACCCUGUAUUGUAAAGAGGAAAUAGUUAUUUGUAACUAUAGCAACCCAGUCAGCUGGAAGAAUGACACGAUACAGAUUAAACACCUCUGUACACUUUAUCAAAAUGAGAAUCAACAGACAACAGGAGACAACAACAGUUAUUUUCCUCUACAUUGGCUCAUAGUCAUUGUUACAAGUGCUUCAUUGUUGAUUUUAGUUGCAACUGCUGUAAUAUACUGCUCUUACAAGAAUAAUAACAAAGGUGCCCAGCAGAAUGAUCAUACAAUCUAUGCUCAAGUUCAGCCAAAGAGCAAAGUACAAAGACCCCUGGAGAUGUUGGAGAAAUCAGCGAAUCCUCAAACUGUGUAUGGAUUUACACAAGAACACAGAAACCCUCAUAAUACCAUGCAGACAAUGUCCAGUUCUGAGAUACCAGAGGAGAUCCAAAAAAACAAUCACCCCAGCACAACCUACAGUACAAUUGGACCCCAAAAAACAUUGCUUUACACUGAAACGGACUAUACAGUUUAUUCAGUAGUGUGUAAAUCCUCAAAUGGCAGACCGCCUGUGUAUUAAUACAGUAGGUUAAUGUAAAAUUUGGCUGAGUAGGUACUGUGUUUGUCAAUAUAUCUUAAAUAUUUCAAUAGGACAUUCUUGUACAUUUCACACAUCAUGUACAAGCAUACAAAGUCAGUGCAAAUUACUGUUCAUUUGGGUAGACUCAAAAGCUGUCACUGUGGUGGUACCCUUAAGGUCUAAUAUGCAGACUUUAGGUCUUAGUUUUUAAUUGUUUUUAAUUGAAUUGGUGCAAUUUUCACACAAGCAAGUGGUGUACUCUCUGAAAGGGUACCGCUGAAGCUACAGCUUUAAACCUUUUUUUUCUGAGAGUGUAUAGUAGAUUUCUCAUUCGUAGUGAUGGAAGGGGUUACUGUGUCAUACAGGACCUUGUUGAAUGCUGAUUUCUGUACUUCAUUUGUGUUUGUUAUCAUGUGUAUAGCUUUUAAUUUUGUCGAUCAUGCUUUGCACUUUCAUUAAGUUUCCUUCUGCAAUCUGAAAUAUCCGUGAGUGUUGAGAAAGUUAAGUACACUAUUAAAUGGUUUCCUUAACAGCUGUGUUCUGGCUUUAGCCACUUGUUUGCACUGAAACAGCUCAUAAUAUUAAUUUUAUUGAUGGAGUAUGAAUGAAGAUGAGGUAUCACGUUGCUAUAACAUAUAUAAAAAUUAUAUACAACAGAAUUGGCAUAGCUCUGAUUCCAAACAGCUGAUAGAAUAAAACACAUGACUUGAUUACUGAAAUAUUAUCAGGAAUAAAUAAAUAACUAAAAUGAAAACUAGCCCUGACUAUUUACUUGUUUACCCAUUUUAAAAUUCUUGUCAAUUUCCAAACACAUUCCUUAAUGGUAAUCAUUCAAUCAAACACACCUGAUUCUAGGUCAUUAGCUCAUUAGUAGAGACAUAGAUAUGAAUAGGUAGAUGCUCUUUUGCUGUUUCUAUGGGCUGAUAUAUGUAAGCCUUCCGCCAUACUGGAAUAGCAAAAAGUAGGGAUGCACCGAUCCGAUACUGUGCAUACUGUAUACUAUUUUGUGUUAUUGUUAAACCCCACAAAAGACACAAAAACAUUAUAAAGCACCAUAAAAUUUCAUACACUAUAUUUCAAGUCUUCUGAAGCCAUUCCAUAGUUUAAUGUUAGGUAUAGAUUAUGAAUAUUUAAAGGCAGGGUAGGUGAUUUGGUUCAAAAACUUUUUGUCUAAGAUAACUGCUCCACCUAGUGGAAAUAUUGUGAACAAUAAAUACAUAAUAAAAAUAAAUAUAUGUAAAGGUCAAAAGGAGUUCCAUGGUUAAAAAGGUUCUAUGUAGCAAAUAUAUAAAUCUGAUAAACAAAGGCAUGAUACAUUAUUUAAAAAUAAAUAAUGUCCUCAGUAUCUAGAGACCAUGUGUUUGUUCAGACAGGGGCUCUGUUAAACUAGAUAUAGAAACUAAAACACUACCACACUAGUAGAUUAGUCUGGAUGAAUGAUAAAUCAGAAAAUGUAGUCAGAUUUUAAAAUCAAUCUGGAGAAAUCAAACCUCACAGUUCAUAUAAGGACAGUGGAUUUCAAUGACAAAACCUCUCUAACACUGAGGAACAUGCAGAAGACAGACAAUAACAGUAGGAAAACAAGAAAUACCUUAAAGAAAGUGACAUGACAUACAGCCAAGUAUGGUGACCCAUACUCAGUAUUCGUGCUCUGCAUUUAACCCAUGCAAAGAGCACACACACAGCA